AUAAUCGAGUUUGGAAGGGAAUAUAAUCCUGGGAUGGAAGUUAAAGUGGCCAAAAGUGGAGAAAAAGCUAUUCAUCUUCAUAGUCAAGGGGCUUCUUUUGACCUCAUUCUUAUGGAUAUGGAUAUGCCUGCUCAUGUAACGAGUGGAUAUGAGGCAACAACACAGCUGCGAAGCUUAUUUGGUGUGAAGAGUAACAUUGUUGGUCUCACCUAUACGUCAGAGUCUGAGGACAUAAAUGAGUUCAUUCGAGCAGGCCACCUAAAUGGCUGUAUUGGAAAGCCACUGACUGAUGAAAAGAUUGACUCUCUCAUUCCUAUCCCAGAAGGCAAUAACUUGCCCACAGCAGGAAGACAAAGGACUGCUCUAUCCAUGAGCUUUAUGAUUUGAGUUUUUGGUGUAGGAGUCCACGCUACUUUCUUGUAGAUGCCGGAGGAUAAAUGAAUUGUUGAACCAAAUAAAACCGUCAGGGGAGAAUAAAGACAAUAGUAGCUACAGAUCGA